AUACUGUAGAUUGACUUGAAUGACUGACUUAUGACGGCGAAUUUCUGAAUUCAUAAAUAAACAAACAUACCUAUUUGUUUUUAUUCGAAAUUACACGAUCAGCGAAUUAAAAAUGAGCGGUAACCAAGUAAUUAAUUCCAUUUUCAGCGAAUUCCAGAAAAGUUUGGAUGAAGAACAAGAAUUACGGGAAGUUAUUCGCAACAUUUGCAAGGAGGUUGAUCAAAUAUCUCGUAAAGUAACAACUGCUUUACAAGUGAUACAUCAUAAUGAAGCUGAAAUUGGACCAGCAUGUCUGCAAGUACGUGAACUGUUCGAGAAGGCUAACGAAGGUUACAGAAAGCUGAAGGAAGCCGUGCCUCCAACGGAUUACUAUAAGUACCAGGAUCACUGGAGGUUCAUGACCCAGAGGUAUUGCUUCCUCAUUUCGCUGACCAUCUGGCUCGAGAAAGGCAUCCUGGCUUCUCAUGAGACAGUCGCCUCUGUAUUGGGCAUAAGCGCAGUGGAAGAAAAGGAAGGCUUUCACCUCGAUAUUGAAGAUUACCUGGUCGGGCUUUUGCUCUUGUGUUCUGAACUGUCUCGUCUUGCCGUUAACGCAGUGACAAGGGGCGAUUACGAAAAGCCUCUACAGAUAUCGAAAUUCGUUAUGGAACUUAACGCGGGCUUCAGGUUAUUGAACCUCAAGAACGAUCACCUACGAAAAAGGUUCGACGCUCUCAAAUAUGACGUUAAGAAAAUAGAAGAGGUUGUCUAUGAUCUGAGUAUUCGAGGACUUUUGCCCAAAACUCAGGAGGCAGAAGCAUAGAUCAUAAUAAUUUAUUUAAUAAAACAUAAAAAUACUUAA